AUGUCAGUUUGUUUAAAAUCAAGUUCUCCGGACAUUGUUCAGGAGAAAACUUCUGUUCAAGAACCUUGUAUAAAAGUCACCUCUAAAAUGACAGAUUUAACUCCUCUUAGUGAAGAAGACGUUUUUGUAUCGGGUAUUGCUGACAAACAUCCGAGAGAUAUGCCGGAGAUGGCAUUUGUUAUUGCCUUUUGCGUCCAAUACAACGAAGCGGUUGGAAAUCUAGCAUUCCUUCCGGAGGAGUUAGAAGAUGCGAUUGUGUGUCGCGAGCCGGUUGAUCUGGUCGAGCGUGUUCAUCGCUACUUCUUGCGGAAUGUUUUGAAUUAUCCGAAGAUAAUCGAUAAGCGGUAUUGGAUCAGGAAAUUGAGUCAGCAUUUAUACGAAAGAAUUGAGAAAGAAGAGUUCGGCCUCUCUUACAAUCCUUUUGAAAGGGUUGAUGACGUGUAUCAUGAACUCUCGAAUUUCGAGAAGGUCUUGAUCUUGAAAUAUCUUGUGAUGUGGCAGUUCAAAGGAUCUGAAAAGAUCCAAGCGCUCCGGGCCGAAAAUGUUGUCCGACCUGUUGAGAUUGAAGCCCUGGGUUUCGACACUAAGGGGUCAAUCUAUUACUACUUGGGUGUCGGGGCUCGAAUAUAUAGGGAAACUCCCUCAACUGAAACUCAACAGUGCAUUUGGGAAACAUUGACAACUGUAUUACGAGACCUUAAGGAUCUCGUCGCUAGCCGUGUCGAAAUCGACCCUGAUCGUUCUGAAGAAGAACGUCUCUUGUAUAAUAGGAUAUCUGAGGAGUUAAUACCGGAUUUAGAAAGUAAAGAGCGAUUAGAGACGAUCGGAAAUCAGAUCCUUUGUAAGAGAGGCUUCAAAAAGGUUGCAAAGAAAAAUAGACUGUCGAUCCGAUACAAUAAGCCACCUAAAAGGACUCCAAAAAUUUCCUUGAUUGAAGAGAUCGAGUGCGAACAUCAAACCGAUACACAAGAAGAUGCUGAUGAGUUCGGUUCUGAAUCGAUCCUUGCUGUUUCGAUGUCAGAAUCUGUUACACAUCUUUACCAGAAUUCGCAGGCAGCGCAGACAGUGCAUGACGUGAAGCGUCUUCCUGUUAAAUUCUCGCGAUCUGAUUCGAAUCAAGAGAUAGAUACGUCUUCGAUUGCGGCUGAUUCAACCAGCGCAAUUGAUUCAUUAUCCAUUAGUGCGACUUCCACAACGAUCCUUUCAAGCGGUCAGGAAACAGAUCGAUCAAGCGACCAAAACCAAAAUAAUUUUAUUCAUAGACCAAAUGCUGAAAUCGGUACAUUGAAAGAUAUAAAACGUAGAAAACGUUGGUUUGAGGAAGAAUUAUCCGAUGAAUAUGACUCUAGUGAUUCCGAUGACUUUGUGGAAUUCAAUCGGCAUAAGCUUGUCAAGCUCGAAAGAUUACUUGACGACGACUUUAUGUUCAAAUCACAUGAUGAUAAUGAAAGAGCCGAACGACACAGGAGAGAGAAGGGAAAGAGAGUUCUCCGUGAUCGUUUUGAACCUUCUCAUGUACAGAAUGUUGAUAUAAACAGAUUGAUCGUUAACGCUGCUACUCUUAAACCUAGAGUUGAUAAGGGUAAGGGUGUCCUCCGUUAUGGAGAACCUGUUAGAGGUAGUUCUGUAAACCAUGAUAAUGACCCUAUAGGAUCGGCCAACCGCGAAAUCUUCAGGCCAGGACCAGAAGAUCUUAUCAAGUUGGAGUGGUCCUUAAAUCACGUAUUCUUCGAAGGGUUGGAAAUUUUUGGCGAAGACAGUGAUUCUGAACUGUCGGACUGUUGUGAUGAUUGUAUAAUGGAAAUCGAUCAUUUCUCUGAGCUUUGA